UUUAAAAAACGGUUGGGGAUGGCUAUUAUAUAAACACCAAAGGUUUUGAAGCACAGUGUGAUACAUGUAAUGAAUAUUUUGCAACAAGAGAAAGCAAGCAUGGAGAACAUAACUGUGGGAAGAAGUGGAAGCUCUAGAAAGGGUAGCUUUAGGUUAGGGUUGGGAGUGGAUGGAGCAAAAGAUCACACUGUGAUUGAGCUUGGCAGUAUUACUAUUGACACACACAAAUUUCUUCUAAGCGGUGGAGAGAGAGAGAAGAAAUUACACCCUCUCACAAACUCUCUCUCUCCAAGGCAAAUGAAAUCCCUAUCUGCUCUCUGUGACACUAUCUUACCUUCUGUUGACAAAUUUGUUGAUACAUCUGAUGAAUCUGUCACCAAGUUUUAUCAAACUUCAGCUUCCAUGGCAGGAACACCUCAACGUAUUGGGGGUAUGAUAAGUGAGAAACUGAAACACCCCUUGACAGGGUUAAUGAAGUUGGUGUUGUGGCUGUUGUCUACGUGGUUUGGAACAUUUAUUUUCUGUGGCAUGGCCUGUCUCUCAACCAAGUUUCCCUUCAUCCAUACAUAUCCUCACUUGCCUAUGGACAAACGCCAAGAGAUUAUGCGAUCCUGGUCUCUUAGUUACAUUCCUCACUUUAGAAUGCUCUUCAGGACCAUCAAACUUCUCACUCUCCUUAUCUUCUUCACUCAGAUAGAUGAAUCAGAAGACAACGUUUCAUGGAAAGCAAUUGGAUACUGUGGACCCGACCCAGAAUUCAAAGCUCAGUUGAAUUACCACUUUUUGCAUGGAACAUCUAAAGCAGAACAAGAGGACAAGGAAGAUGAACAUGCUGCAGAGGUGAUAGGACCCCUUUACAAGGGUCUAGUCCUUCUGAAUUACCCACGAGACAUCACUGCAGAUGCCCUAAGACGAUUCGGAUUCCCUGUCUCUGUCAAUCGAAGAAAGCACAAAGCUGUUCCAAACUUGUCAUCUCCUUCUAUGGUGAUACAAUGUGAUGCAGUGGUAGUUGGUUCUGGCUCAGGAGGUGGUGUCAUAGCUGGUGUUCUAGCAAAGGCUGGUUACAAAGUGUUGGUGUUGGAGAAAGGAGGAUAUUCCGCUAGGAACAAUCUUUCCCUCCUUGAAGGACCAACCAUGGAACAAAUGUACCUCAAUGGUGGCAUGGUUGCGAGUGAUGACAUGGGUAUGUUCAUUCUCUCAGGGUCCACUGUUGGUGGAGGGUCAGCAAUCAACUGGUCUGCAUGCAUCAAGACCCCUCAGCAUGUGUGCAAGGAGUGGUGUGACAAACACGGUCUAGAGUUAUUUGAGAGUAAGUUGUAUAGAGAAGCCUUGGAUGCUGUGUGUGAGAAGAUGAAGGUUCAAUCUGAGAUUGAAGAUGAAGGAUUCAACAAUGCAAUUUUGAGGAGAGGGUGUGAGGAAAUGGGGUAUCCUGUUAGCAACAUUCCUAGGAAUUCUCCAUCAGAUCACUACUGUGGCUGGUGUUGCAUGGGGUGUAAGGAUGGGAGGAAGAAGGGUACAUCAGAGACAUGGUUGGUGGAGUUGGUGAAAUCUGGCAAUGGAGCAAUUCUUCCAGGGUGUGAGGCAAUUAAAGUUUUGCACAAGAAAAAGGAAGGGAGGGAUAGAAAGAUUGCAUGUGGAGUGGCUUUUGAGUUUCAACAUAAAGGAAGUAGAGACAUUUGUGUGGUGGAGUCCAAGGUCACAAUUGUAGCAUGUGGAACACUUAGUACUCCAGCAUUGCUCAAAAGAAGUGGCUUAAGGAAUAAGAACAUAGGGAGGCACUUGCAUCUUCAUCCAGUGACAAUGGCUUGGGGCUACUUCCCAAAUGCAGGUAGUGCAUCCGAGGUGUGGCCAGAGGCAUAUAAGAAGAGCUAUGAAGGAGGGAUAAUGACAGCAAUGUCUACUGUUGUUGCAGAGUUUGAACAAUCUGGAUAUGGUGCUGUGAUCCAAACACCUGCAUUGCAUCCUGGUAUGUUCUCAGUUGUCACGCCAUGGACUUCCGGAACUGAUAUAAGAGAUAGAAUGCGGAAGUUUCCUAGAACAGCUCAUAUAUUUGCGCUGGCAAGGGACCAAGGAUCAGGGACAGUGGAAUCGCCAAACCGAAUCAGUUAUCAGAUGGCAAAUGCAGAUGAAGAGAGUUUAAAGAAGGGAAUUGAGAAGGUGCUGAGAAUUCUGGCAGCAGCUGGAGCUGAAGAAAUAGGGACACAUCAUAAUAAGGGAAGGACCUUAAAUGUGAAGCAAGUGAGCUAUAAUGAAUUUGAGAAAUUUGUUAAGGAGGAAAGUUCAAGGCCAUUGAGAGAUCUUUCAACACCAUUGUGUUCAGCACAUCAGAUGGGGAGUUGCAGGAUGGGUUGUAAUGCCAAGCAAUCAGUGGUGAAUCAAACAGGAGAGACCUGGGAAGUGGAGGGCCUUUAUGUGGCAGAUGCAAGUGUUUUCCCCACAGCUUUGGGGGUGAAUCCAAUGGUUACUGUUCAAGCUAUUGCUUAUUGCACAGCACAGUCUGUUGUUGAAGUUCUUAGAAGGAAAAGAAGCAAAUGAGACAAUGAAAAGAAAAAAAAAUCUUGUGCUGCUUUUGUAGCUCCAAUGAUACUGAAUAUUCAUAGCAUUGGACAGAAAACCUUGUUGAAAUGAAAUAAUUGUUCGGUGAGAAAAGCAA